GUUGAUGUCUAGACAGUUGCUCUUUUAAAUUAAUUCUGUCUGUCCGAACUUUUUGCAACUCUAUAACAGGAGUACACCUUGUGUAGUGAUGUUUUCGCGAUCCUGCCAAGUUUUUUUUCAGAUUUUUAUUUUAUUCUUCUAAUUGAUUUUCUAAGAAAGUCUUACAUCCAGUCUCAGAUCGUAUGACAAAACCAAGUACUCUGGCCCCUUUCUUCAUUUCAAUUUCGGUAUUUUUGAAUACUUUUACCGCCUCAUUGUAUUUUUCAUCUUUUACAGUGAGCUGACACUUCGAUGCCUUUACAUGAUAUCCGAAGUGUUUUCCGUGUUUGAUAAUGUUGUCAAGAACUCUUCGCAGGCUUUUCUACUGCUACAAGUGUGCGAAAACGUUCGUAAUUUACAUUUUCAAUUCUUUUUAUAAAAGCUCGAAUCAAUUGGUGAUUUUCUUCAUUGUUGUUUAUCUACAUUUCCAGAUUAGUUGCUUAGAUAUCAAAUCGUUCUGUGAAGAUGUCAUCGCUUGCUACGAAAUGCCCAUCCUUUUUCAAUUUAAGAAGAUAUCCAUUAGCAAAAAUGACGUGUGAGAAGUAUGAAAAAGCAGUCAAUAUUUCGAACUCAAUUCAGCCAGACUGGAAAAUGGUAGGUAGUUCUAUCAGCAUUGCACAAAGGAGGAUGGAUGCAUUUCCGCGAUAUUUAGAAAGAGCUGGCAUAACGCAAGACGAUUUGAGUAGACUCAAUGUUGUACACGUUAGCGGAACAAAAGGAAAAGGCUCAGUGUGCGCGUUUACGGAAAGUGUACUUAGAAGUUCAGGGUUUAAAACUGGUUUUUUGAGUUCUCCUCAUUUGAUUGAUCUUGUCGAACGAGUGAGAAUCAACGGGAAGCCUAUUUCACAGGAGCAGUUCGCUGAUUAUUUUCUUGAGGUUUAUAACAAGCUUUGGUCAUUGAGACGUGACGAUUUUGAUAUGCCUUUUUUCAUCUUUAUAGUGAAUAUUUUAGCCUUCAAAAUCUUCCUUGACGAAAAAGUUGAUGUCGCUGUCUUAGAAGUUGGCUUGGGCGGUACUUUUGACCCAACAAAUAUUGUCAGGAAACCCGCUGUAUGCGGAGUAACAGCUCUGCAUUUUGAUCACCAAAGCAUUCUAGGAGACAGUAUUGAAGAAAUCGCUUGGAAUAAAGCAGGAAUUUUCAAACCUGGUGUUCCAGCUUUUACCAUAGAACAACCCAUUCCUGGAGCGUUGAGUAAACUGAAUCAAUGCGCCGAGGAAAAGGGCGUCAAAUUGCAAACAGUUAGAAUGAAUACGGAACUGGAGGACGUAGAGUUAGGAUUAGAAGGUGGCCAUCAGAAAACCAAUGCAUCAUUGGCUGUCAGACUCAGCAAUGGAUGGGCCGAGCAAAUGGGUUAUGGAAUGUUAGAUCGCGUUAAGGUAACACGAGGCUUACAGAAUGUGAGAUGGCCUGGGCGCUGUGAAACAGUGAAAGUCGGUGACAAUCUGACAUUUUACCUAGACGCUGCGCAUACAGCAGAAAGUUUGAAACUAUGUCUAGAAUGGUUCAAAACAAAAUUGCAAUUCGAACACGAGCAGAAUGUGAAGAAAGUCUUAGUUUGUACUUUUACACUUGAAAGAAAUGACGAGAAUUUCCUACGAAUUUUUAACAAUGAGGUCUCUUUUGAUCACGUGAUUUUGACGACACCUAUUUUGGAUUCAGACAAUUCGUUUAGGCAUAAUGAUGCUAGGACUGUCGUAUCUAUGCACAUAGAUAGAUGUCAUCGAAAUAUGGCGAUAUGGAAGGAGCUAAACAACAGAUCAGAUGUAUCAGUAGAAGAGCACAUUGACGGUGCUAUAAGCUCGCUGAGAAAUAUUUCCGACAAUGCCCAUAUCUGUGUUUUGGUCACUGGGAGCCUUUAUCUUGUAGGCGGUGUUCUGAAGUUGUUGGAGGAUAUAACUGACUCAAAGCAACAGUGUAACUAGAAUGUUGACUAACAAUGUGGACUACUAAAGGUUGCCUUCCACUACUACUACUACAAAAAUCUAUUACUGGACUGACUCAAACUUGAGCGAUAACUGAAUUGUAUAUAUGUAAAUAUUUGUACAUACUUGAGUGUUUAAAAUACUGGAACAGAUGUGACAAAUUGUAUAUUUGUAGAUAUUUGUACAUACUUGUAAAUAUUUGAAUAAUUGUUAAAAAUUGCCUCGAAA